CUAAAGUUAACCUAGUCGUUAGACUAAUACGCGAACAUGGAAGGAAUCUACGACUGAUUUAAAUUCAACUCGAUCUUACCUUUUAUUUAAAUUUCUACCUUUGUCUUUAGCGUGAAAAGGUUUCAGAUGAACGGGCUUUCGUUUUCGGAGAUCUGCUGUCUGUUCUGCUGUCCGCCUUGUCCGGGAAAAAUCGCCGCGAAGUUAGCCUUUCUUCCUCCUGAGCCGACAUAUUCGCUUCAAGAUUUGGGCGAUGGAACUUUCGGUCUUCAUCUCACAGAGAAAGCCGAGUGGCAGUACGGUCAGAAGGAGCUAGACUGUAUCGAGGUUUUCACAGCGAAAACAAGCAAAGGGAAUCAGAUCGGUUGCAUGUACGUGAGAUGCUCUCCGAACGCUCGCUUCACAGUACUCUUUAGCCACGGCAACGCCGUAGACCUUGGACAAAUGUCAAGCUUUUACGUUGGUCUUGGAUCGCGGAUUAACUGUAAUAUAUUUUCCUACGAUUAUUCUGGGUACGGUGUUAGUCAAGGAAAGCCCUCGGAGAAGAAUCUUUACGCUGAUAUCGAUGCUGCCUGGCAGGCAUUACGAACAAGGUACGGAAUCAGCCCCGAGAAUAUAAUUGUCUAUGGUCAAAGUAUAGGCACUGUUCCUACUGUAGAUUUGGCUUCAAGAUUUGAAUGUGCAGGAAUCAUUCUUCAUUCACCGCUUACAUCUGGAAUGAGAGUAGCUUUUCCCGAGACGAAGAGGACGUGGUGUUUUGACGCAUUUCCUAGCAUUGAAAAGGUCUCCAAAAUUGUUUCGCCAGUGUUAGUCAUUCAUGGAACAGAGGAUGAAGUUAUAGAUUUCUCACAUGGAUUAGCUAUCUACGAGCGAUGCCCCCGUACUGUGGAGCCUCUCUGGGUAGAAGGUGCUGGUCAUAAUGACGUGGAACUCUAUGGUCAAUAUCUGGAGAGGUUGAAACAAUUUAUACAACAUGAACUAGUGACAAACUGACAUGUUGAAAGGCAACAUUUUUCAAGCACUAUACAAUGUAGUUGCUAUUAGAAUACUGUUAGUAUUAAUAAGUUGUUUAGCUUUUUAAUUUGUAUCAGUGAAUUUGUGUGAACAGGGACAUUCUUUGGAAACUGAUUGUUGGCAUAGACCUUUAAGCCCUAAUAUCAUUUAAUGUAACGAUUCUUUUAUAUACAUGUGCAUGCAUGUCUCCAAGAAUUGUUAAAUAGUGAAAUGCAUUUUUUGUAACAUUAUUUUUCAUGGUUUGUGACGAAAAUUCAUAAUACAUUAAUUGUUUGGGCUUCAAAGGUUAAUGUUAGUAGUUGGUGUAUUUCAUCUAUAAAUAAAAAUGUUAACUGUUCACUAUAAAUCAUUAAAAUUUUUAUUUUAAAGGUAAUGAAAGUUGUUCCUUUAAUUUGUAAGAAUUAUUUUUGUAAAUGGUCUCCAUAUUCAUUUAAAUCUUCACUGUAAAGACAACAGUGUGUUUCAUGCAACAGCUAUGUAGUGUAUUAAUUCAAUUUUGUUCUUUGGUGGUAUAAUUUAGAACCAGAAGUUUAUCAAUAUAUAUUAUUUUCCUUCAAUUUAUCACUGAUUCAUUCUUGAAACCUUAAGUCCAACGUCAUGUAUAUAUAAACCCAGAAUUGUUCAAUUUCUACAACUAAAUAAAGUUUGUUGGAACUUUGUUUUGGCAUCAGUCCCACUUGAUCAUUUCAAGGAAUGAAACUACAUUUAGUGUAAGUAAGUUUUGAUAGUUGUGUAAAUGGGUCAUAAGUGGAAUAAAAUUUUGGAAAUUACAAAUAAUUUGCCAUAUAUAGACUUAGUAGUUGUUAACAUGUAGUUUAAUAUUUAUAAGGAGCACUAUCUAUUGAAAGAGGAGAGGGUCAAUAACUAUCAGUAACUAUGAUUAUUGAUUUCUUUUUUAGUUCACAAAGUAAUUUGGUAUGGAUUUUUAAGUCUAAGGUUUUCCUUUGUUUUUUUGGAUGUUUGAGAUUUGAGUUGGGAGGUAAUUCAGAGUGAUUGGUUCUUUGUAACAAAUGUAAACCAUGUUAUCAUCAAUAAUGUCCUUAUUUCUAAGGAGUUGAGCCAAUGAUUUUUAAAUAUCAAAUACAUUUGUCCCUUGCAAAUUGCUGGAUAUAAAAGUACCACAUUUUUUUUAAUUUCUUACAUUAAUGCAGUUUUUUCUUCUGAUGGAAUAACAUCAGCUUCUUAUAUUCUGAAAUGGUUUGCAUUGUAGAAGAUACUGGUAAUCUUUGUGCAAUCUGUUACUCUGUAAUGAAUAAUUACAAACCUUGUAAAUAGGAUAUCUUUGUUUUUGAAGCUUGGGAAUUCUCUUGCAAUAAUUCCUUAUAAAGUCACUUUUGUCAGCUAGCUACAAUCAUGUAUACAAUACAAAAUGAAUAAAGACUAUUUGUGAACAUUGGGA